AUGAAGCCCACGACAGAGGAUCUCUCUAUUCGACUGCGCGACGCGGAGGAUGGCGAGGCGGACGUGCCCUUCCCGGAUGAUCGUGAGCCGAGUUCCGGGCGGAUGCGCCAAGUACGCGAGUGCUCGCGGCAGCUGUCCCAGGAAGACAACGCUGAGGACCGAUCCAUGGAAUGGUCUGACUUGACCUUCACCAUAGGCAGUCACCGGAUCCUCUCCAACAUUACAGGAAUGAUCGAGCCUGGCAAGCUCACAGGCGUGUUCGGCCCAUCCGGCAGUGGGAAGACCACCCUGCUCAACAUCCUGGCAGGGCGCCAGAACACGAAAGCCACCGGCAUGUCCUUGUCCGGGCAGAUCACCACGGCAGGGUCUCCAGUGGAUCCCAUCAGCUUCCGAUCGAACAUCGCCUACGUCAUGCAAGACGACUCCUUGCUUCCCUUCGAGACGCCCCGGGAAUGUCUGCACUUCUCGGCCUGUUUGAGGCUGCCGCGGAGUGUGACGGAAGAGCAAAGGCAGGAGUUUGUGGAGAACUUGCUGUCCACGCUCCACUUGGAGCGCUGCUGCUCCACGAUUGUCGGUUCGGCUCUUGUGAAGGGCAUCUCUGGAGGUGAGAGAAAGCGCACGUCUGUCGGCAUCGAGCUGAUCACGAACCCCAGGAUGCUGUUCCUCGACGAGCCUCUGAGCGGCCUGGACUCCUAUGCCGCCUACACCUUGGUGGUGGCCCUCAAGGAGCUCGCCGAGGCGGAUGUCCCUGUUCUCUGCACGGUUCACCAGCCAAGCUCCGAGAUUUUCGCCAAGUUCGAUGAUGUGAUCAUCCUCCACGGUGGUGAAGUCACCUACCAUGGCCCUGCAGAUCACAUCUCCACACAUUUCGACGUUCUGGGCUACCCCUGCCCGGCGAACUUCAACCCGGCCGACCACGUCAUGUUUCUGCUGCAGAAGGAGGUGCCCGAGAAGCUGCAGGUCAUCAAGACCAGCUGGUUGGACUGCGGCACUUUCAAGAAGAUGCACGACCAGAUCGUCUCCCUGCGUGGCCGCAGCAAUGGUCAUCCAGCCAGCUCGGCGACCUCGCACUCGGGUGCAGGCUUUUGCAAGCAGCUGGGUAUGCUGCUGGUCCGUGAAGCACGCGGGACAAUCAGGAACAAGGGCAUCCUCUUCGCCCGCCUGGGGAUGUCGCUGUUCUUGGCCUCCUUGUAUGGCUGGUUGUUUUCCGGCAGUGCCGCGCAGGGCGACAACACCCACUCCACGGAAAAGAACUGCGUGCCCAGCAACUUCAGCGCAGCCGGCUGCACCGGCGACUUCCAGGCACACUUUGGCACGAUCGUCUCUUUGGGAAUCAUGGCCAUGAUGGGAGCCGCCCAGCCGGUUGUGCUGCAGUUUCCGCAGGAGCGGCCCGUCUUCCUGAGAGAGUAUGCCGCACAUCAGUAUGGUGUCGUGCCUUACUUCAUCAGCAAGACUCUCGUCGAGAUGCCUGUGGUUAUGCUCUCGCAGAUCGUCACCUUCAUCGUGACAUACUGGUGGAUGGGUCUCCAUGGCAGCGUCCUGCUGCUGGUGCUUGUGUCGUGGAUGCUGGGCAUCGCCUCCUCCUCACUGGCGCUUCUCGUGGGCUGCGGAGUGUCUUCGGCUCAGAAAGCCAUCCAGCUGGCACCCUUGACGCUGAUCCCCCAGAUGCUCUUCUCGGGUCUCUUCGUGCCGGUCGCGAAGAUUCCGCUGAGCUUGCGCUGGGCGCGCUACCUCUGCCCACUGAAGUACGCCAUCAACUUGAUGACGAUCAUCGAGUUUCAGUAUGUCAAGGAUAGCAUUGACGACUGCGAGCAGGAGUUCCCACAGGCCCAGUGCAUGCAGCAGAGCCUGGGUUGGCAUGGCGAGGCUUAA